UACGUCCAUGCCCAGCAACAACCAGUUACCUCCAGGCCCAGCCACCAGCUACCACCAGCUACCUCCAGGCCCAGCUACCAACAGGCCCAGCGACCAGCUGCCACCAGCUACCAACAGGCCCAGCCACCAGCUACCUCCUGGCACAGCCACCAGCUACCACCAGGCCCAGCCACCAGCUACCUCCAGGCCCAGCCACCAGCUACCAUCUGGAGAGAGUGUAUUCAUUGAAACAGUCCCAGAAUGAAGCAGAGAAAAGUCGACCUGCAACCAAACAGCAACACACACAGCGACUCUACCUCUUUUAAUCAAGCUUUCCUAAUAUUGUGCUAAUUGUUAUUGUUUAUUGUAAUGAUUUAUUUUUUGCACUACCUCAGACCUGAAGCUUGUUAUCAUAGUCACACAACUGAUUUUUAUUAUAAAU